AAAUAGAUGUGCUGGAGUACUACCAUAUCAGAGGCAGACCCACCAGAGCAGAAUGAAGAGCACCAUUCAGAGAGACCCAAAAAGGUAAAUAUGAAUUUAGAUUCCAUCCAUCGGUUAAUUGAAGAAACACAAAUCUUCCAGAUGCAGCAGUCAUCAGUAAAACCACCUUGUGACAUCGUAGCCCCUGAUUCCUCCCCUAGGGACACUUGUCAUUCCUGUUUGCCACUUCAGGGGCUGCAAUCACAUGCUGCUCACAACUUCUGUGCACACUCGUGCAAUACCAAUGAAUGGAAUAUUUGUGAAGAGCUUCGCCUGCGGGAGCUUGAAGAAGUCAAGGCCAGAGCUGCCCAGAUGGAGAAGACCAUGCGGUGGUGGUCAGACUGCACUGCUAAUUGGAGAGAAAAGUGGAGCAAAGUUCGGGCUGAAAGGAACAGUGCCAGGGAGGAAGGAAGACAGCUCAGAAUAAAAUUAGAGAUGACAAUGAAAGAAUUGAGCGAAUUGAAAAAGAAACAGAGUUUGCCACACCAAAAGGUGUUAGAAACUACCCAGGACCUGAAGCAUCCCAGCUUCAUGGAAGUGUCCUCUGCACAAGGAGACCAAUUUCAAAUUGCUUCACAAACAUGUAAGUCUAUCAGAGAGUAUCUGGUGAAAAGAGAAUUUCCUACAAAAGACAACACAUACAGUAAGGAAGAUUUGAUUAUUGACCAGUUAAGGUUAAAUGAGGAGAUGAAACUGAAUCUUAACAGCCCUGAUUCAUUCAAGAAUGGUGGUACUGAAAACUGUACACUGAAAUCUGCAUUAAGACUGCAAGCAAUAAACCUACCUUUGGAGAAUGAAGUGUCUGAAAUUUCAGCUUUGCAAGUGCAUCUGGAUGACUUCCAAAAAAUUUUAUGGAAAGAAAGAGAAAUGCGUUCAUCUUUGGAAAAAGAAAUAGAACGACUGGAGUCAGCUUUGUCUGUGUGGAAAUGGAAGUAUGAAGAACUGAAAGAAUCAAAGCCAAAAAAUCUGAAAGAGUUUAACAUUAUUCCCAUUCAACAUGAAAAUGAAAUGGAAGAAAUAUCAGGAGAUAUAAAAGAAGAAUCAAAAUCCCCAAACAACAAAGAUAGACUGAUCUACCAGUUAAGAACUGAGCUAGAGAGAUUGCAGGCUGAAAAUAUCUCAGAGUGGGACAAGAGGGAAAUGCUUGAAACAGAAAAACAAGGACUGGAAAAAGAAAAUAGAAGGCUAAAGGCCCAGGUGAAAGAAAUGGAAGAGCUCCUGGAUAGGAAAACUAGAUUAAGUUCAAACUCUCAAGGUCCUGAUUUCAAGACGUCACAAAUUGAACUGCAGGAGAAAAGCAAGGUCCAUGGCUUGGUGAUGGAGCUCCAAGGACUGAUCUGAAGACCACUGGUGAGCAAAGGGAGGAGAUGUGCUAGCAAAAGUCCAUGUGCUAUAGAAGUGGUGGGGAAGGCACAGAAAAAGAAGUCAUGGGAUCUCCUAAAUUAACUUUUAAGUAUUCCCCUCAAAGGAUCUGGUGGCUAUACUUAGCUUGUGUAGCUAAAGGAAUUGUCAUGUUAUGACCUUUCCUGGUUGCUUUAUCCUUAGAUCCUGUUGUUUGUCUCUGUCCAAAUGUAUUUGCACUGAAAUUAAAGUACCUUCUAUGUUGUUUAGGGACUUUAUCCAUCAAUUCAGAUUAUUCUUGGUGUACACUAAUGAUAUAGUUUAGUUUCUUUAAUGAUUAAGCCUGUACUGACUUGUUAUUUUGGAAGUUUUCUGUUAGCAUCUGCAGCUAAACAUGUUUUGACUACUUAUUUACCUAAGAAUGGCUACAUUUUGCUCUGUACCUUUAUCUACUUUUAUUCCAAACAUUGUAUACUAUAAUCAAGGUUCACUUCACCAUAGAGAUAGUUAUUUUUAUUGGGAUACGAUCUGAAAAUAAAUCUCAUCUUCAGGUAGAAAAUGGACAAGAUGACACUUAUUAUAUCAGAAUAUGUCCCACCAUUUUAUUUGCCAUCUACCCAGUAUAGAAUUCAUAUAUAUAGAUAGAUAUAUAAAAUACAUAUUACAUAUAGACCCUAUAGAUAGAUAUAUAUAAAAUACAUAUUACAUAGAGACCCAUUAUAUAUAUAUAUAUGUAAUAUAUAUAAAACACCCCCUCCUAAUUACACACACAGACAUGCAGAGCUACAUAUGCAUGAGAAAAGUAUAACAAUGCGGUAGGCCAAAUAUUGAUAAAUCCAAGAUGAUAAAGAUAAUUAGGAAGUUCCUAAAUUUUUUGUUAUGAUAAUGAUCUGAUCAUCUGAGACCAGAAGAUAAAAAAAAAUCUAUACUUAAAUAUUUAUUUUAUUGGCAAAACAUAAAAGUAAAUGUGUUUGGAGAUUCAACAUCAAUUUUGUCUUAUUAGUGGAUGGUCAUUAUUUAGAGAACCAUAACAUCUAUUCACCUGGCUUCUACUUAACAUGCAUUUUUUUUCCUCUAGGAUCAACUCCACCCCCCAAAUUUCAGGCCACACCCUUUGCUUAAGGUUAAUAUCACCUCUAACUUCAGGUGGGGUGAUUCAUGUUUAUCUAAUCAAAAUCAAGUUUGCUGGGUACCAUACUAGUAUGGGCAAGUAACCACCUCAGAGACAAUUAAAUGUAAGGAUGCUUAGACUUUUUGAAGAGACACACUUUCUUGCUGUUAAACCUGAGAAUAUACAGAUUUAGAGCAGUAAAAACGCAUCAUACUUUCACAUGGAGCUGCAUGGGGAAGAGAGCUUAGGCAUAGACAGGGACCUGACCAGGAGACAUAAUGAGCUUCCCUGGCUUAAGACAUAGCCUGGAUCAAGAUACCCAGGGAAUUGUAAAUAAUGCUGCUAUAAACAUAGGAGUGCAUGUAUCCCUUUCUAUUAGUGUGUUUAUAUUCUUUGGGUAGAUAUUCAGAGUGAGAUUUCUGCAUCAUAAGGUGGUUCUAUUUUUAAUCUUUUAGGGAAUCUCCAUACUGUUUUCCACAGUGGCUGAACCAGUUUGCAUUCCCAGCAACAGGGCAUGAGUGUUCCUUUUUCUCCACAUCCUCACUAACACUUGUUUCUUGUGGUUAGCCAUUCAGACAGCUAUGAGGUGAUGUCUCAUACAAUAGCCAGAUUAUGGGAGGAGCCCAAGGGUCCAUCGAUUGAUGAAUGGAUAAAGAAGAUGUGGGGUGUGUGUGUGUAUACACAUAUAUAUAAUAUUAUUCACAUAU